AUGAAUGAUGCUGCGUUCAUUCUGGGCGAUAGCGUUGAACAAGAUGUACCGCCAGCUCUUCGAGGACUGGAGCCUUCAAAGGCAAGGAGAAUGAUGGAAAUUUCGAAGGAAUUACAGCCCAUAUUGCAUGGAAAACAAGACAAGAAAUCGGCAGCUCUCCCUCCUAUUGCGCCCACAUUCACCCAGGAUAACAGUGACCAAAAUGGUCCAACAAAAGUAAAAAUCGGGAAUAAAAUGAUUUCAAGCGACAAACCAGCUAGGAAAUGGACAUGGACAUCUUUUGCAUCAUCGUCAAGGCCAGAUGGUGCUCUCUUCAACCAUUGGGUUCGGGCAGAGGUGGAGUACACUGACUAUCCUUAUGCCAAGUUCGACGUUCACAUGAAUCAAGUUGUUUACACGGACGAUGAAUACGCCAAAUACUUGAAAAGCGAUGAAUGGACAAAAAGUGAGACUGACUACCUGAUGGAACUAGCUGGAAAGUAUGAAUUGAGAUGGGCAGUGAUACAUGACCAUUGGUUUGACUAUUAUAAUUCUGCGGAUGUUGACGAUACUUUUAUUACUCGAUCAGUCGAUGAUCUACAAAAGCGGUACUACAGUGUGGCUGCGACACUAUCUCAGGCAAGAAUAUCACAGAUAGCUGCAGAAGAAUCACAAAGAUUAUCGGCAAUCGUUCCGGACCAAUCAGCACCAGAUGCGAAGGAACGAACCGAAGCCGUUCUGCUUCAAACUGCAGCAGCCAAAUCGCUUGCAGCAGCACAUCCAAAGAACCAACCUCUAAUCAACAGCAUUGGUACGGGUACCUCCAAUAAAAUGUUUGAUGCUGACUAUGAACGAGAACGGCGGUUGCAUCUAGACCGAAUGUGGAAUCGAAGUAAGGAAGAAGAAGUCGAGGAAAUUAGACUGAGAAAAGAGUUGAAGCAAAUUGAAGCCAAACUUAGAAAGAUAAAGAAGAUGGGAGGUCACAUUACGGGAGCCGCCCGGUCUGCCGGGGUGGUUGCACCGAGCCGAAUGAGCAGCGCCGCUUCUUCACGCAACGCGUCGCGGUCCCAAUCACCCGUCCCAGGUGCCGCCGUGGCCGACUCCCCUGCAUUGCUGGGCCAAAGUUUUGCCUCCACAGCACCAAUGCCAAUGCCACAAAAUCCAUACCUACAAUCUGGGCGACUCAUUCCACCUGCUACUGGUGGGGCUACUGGUAUAAACAAAACACUACUGACCAAGAUGGAUCAAACCCUGAAGGAACUUAAGGUGUCUGCAAAACCAGUUCCAACAAGACGUGUUUGCGAUUUGUAUGAUACCGUAAGAAAGCAUAUUUUGACGUUGAUAACGUUGAAGAAGCAGCUGAUGCAGAAAGAGGGAAGCCUUCAAGCGAAGCGGGUUAGACUUGCCAAGUUGCGUGGGGGAGACAGCCAAACACCGGAUGAAGAAGCCCUUCUUGGUAUUGUUGCACAGCCUUCACCAGCUCCCGCAGCUGCAGCUACUAGCAAAGGAUCAAAAUCAAAGGGUGGAAAGUCCAAAGCACCUGCAUCGAAGUCGAAGGCUGGAGCUCAGUCAAAAGCAGGUGGACAAAAGGGAGCUCAAACAAAGGGCAAACCAGACGAAGCGGGUAAAGCAGAGACCCAAGGUGGCGCAAAGAAAGGAAAAUCAGGUGGAAAGCGCAAGCGAAAGGUCGACAACAAGGCUCAGACUGCAGUAGCGUCUGCUGUUGCUGUUCCGGGUGCUGCUCUGGCGGCAGCAGCUGCCGCAGCAGCUGCCAUGAAAGUUACACCAACUGCUGCUGCUGCAAAAACUGCAAAGGCGGUAGCUGCCAAGACCGUUCCUGAUGUGGCGUCUGAAGCGAAACCAGCAGCUGCAAAGAAGCGUGCUCGAAAAUCUUGA